AUGGUCUCCGCACUCACUGCCUGGUGCUCUGUCGCUCUCGCCUUGCUCGUGGCCCUGCACGAAGGGAAGAGCCUGGCUGCUGCCACCCGGGAGCAGCCAGCACCCUCACUCCUGGUCCCAGGCAACCACCUGCGGCUUCGCCGUUGCUCCUGCAGCUCCUGGAUGGACAAGGAGUGUGUCUACUUCUGCCACCUGGACAUCAUCUGGGUGAACACUCCUGGACAGACAGCUCCUUACGGCCUGGGAAACCCGCCAAGACGCCGGCGCCGCUCCCUGCCAAGGCGCUGUGAGUGCUCCAGUGCCAGGGACCCUGCCUGUGCCACCUUCUGCCAUCAAAGGCCCUGGACUGAAGCUGUGGCAGUCCCAAGCAGCGAGUCCUCUGGAGAUGUGUUCCAGACUGGCAAGACAUGGGCCACUGCAGGAGAGCUCCUCCAGAGGCUGAGGGACAUUUCUGCAGCCAAGAUCCACUUUGCCAGACAACAGCAGGAGGUGCGGAGGGAGCCCAGGCCCACAAACUCCAGGUGGAGGAAGAGAUAG